CCGGCCUCUUGCUAGGGGAGGAGGAGGAGGUGGAGACGGUGGCGGAAGUCAUAGCGAGCCGAGUGGGCAGGGUCAGGGGCAGCGCGGCGGCGAUUCGGGCCGCCGACCAUGGACUGGCUGGCAGCCGCCUUCACCUGGAGUUUUGCCCUACAGUUUUGCCUUUGUGCUUCCUCAAACAAUUGUGACAAUGAGACCCAGUACCUAAAGGAAGGCCGAUGUUGCUUCAAAUGUGGUCCUGGCUCGUACCUGGUGCAUGAAUGUAGUGGAUCGGAAAAAUACUCCUCGUGUCAGCCUUGUACACCAGGGUUUUACCAGCGGGAGUGGACCAAAGGCACACACUGCAAUAGACACGCAGCUUGUGAUUCAGGAGAAUUUGAUGUUGUAAAAGCUGGUGACCUGGUCAACGAUGUGGUGUGCUUGUGUAAAGAAGGGAAACACUGCGUUAACAGAGACUGCGAGAUCUGCACAGGCGAUGAUGCCUGCCCGCCAGGAUCAGGAGUCAAAACCCCAGGCGAUCGAAAAUACAAUGGAACAGUGUGUGAGGAAUGCAAAGACGGAUUCUAUUCCAAUGUCUCAUCCUCUACCGAGCCUUGCAGGAAAUGGAUAAGCUGUGCAUCACUCGGACUGAUUGAAGCCCACGCUGGGAGUUUGAAGACUGACGUUGUAUGCAGUGUGCCGUUACAAGGCACUGGAUGUUGCCGUGGUGCAGUGAUCUCCCUGGCUCUGUUUCUCAUCAUCUUUAUAGCGCUGUUUGUCUGCAGCGUGCUGGGUUAUCUGAACGCCCCAGUGAAUGCUAUUCGAAGGCUGAUGAACAGAGGAGAUGGAGAGAUGGACCCUGAGAGAGUGGCCCAUGAAGACAGGCUGCUCCAUGGUGUCCCCAUGGCAGAGAGUGGCCUGCACACAGGGAUACAGGAAGAGGGCAAGGACAGCCGUCCUUCUCAGGAGGAGGAAGAGAAUCACACUGCCACCUCGAUUAGGGUGAUUAACGGCGAUCAGGAUGCUAAUGGGAACGCAGGACGGUAGUGGAUAGAUGGAGAAGAGAUCUCGUUGUGAAUCAGUGGCUGUAAAAAUAUCCCUCAGAUUUGAAAAGCUUCCCCUGAAAUAUUGUGGAUUGUUUACAUCCAGGGCAUUUUAGAGCCAUUUUAUUGUAGUCCCACACACUAUAAUCCCCAGUAAUGUUACUCGCUGGAUUGGUGUACCAAGGGAUUCCUGGUCUGUUCUAAGCAUUGGAUCUACAGAGGUCACUCUCAGUGUUGGCAUGUCCACAGACAUUGAUUAGCUUGGUCCAACGUCCUUUGUGCUGCAAGUGUCCAUGACUUCAAAUCUCUGCAUUGAGCACUGCUGUUCAGAGUUGGAGCAGAGACUGGGUACAGGGAAUAGGUGCGAUGUGGUUGGACUGUGCCGAGGUAUCUACCUCCACUUGAGGUCGUGUGCGCGUCGUGACAACGAGGUUUUGGCUCGCUAUCACCGAACGUUCUCUCAACAUCGCCGGCUUUGGCUGAACAUAUGGAACGAUCUGAUCUCUCAGUGCCUGUGAGAAGCUGCCAGUGGUCCCAGGGAAGUGGCCAGCGUGAGACCAUAGCUGCCGAGCGACUGUGCCGUGUGGAGCCGUCCUCCGGCCAUGACUAGACUCUUCAACAGAGGAGGGGAGCAAAACAUCAGCUGGAAUAAUGGCGAACACCUCACUCAAAUCAGAUGAGAGUGAAGUCUUUGGACCCUCAUAAUGUUCUGUACAUUGAAAACAUUUGCCACCAUUUUGACGUCACACCAGCUGAUCGAUUCCAUAUUUUACAAGAGGGGCGAGAUUCUUUUACCUAUCACACUUGGGAUUUUUCAGCUGCUAUGAUAAUGACUGUUAUAACAGUAAUCAAUCUGAGUUUACUACAACAAUACCCUGCAAUAAUUUUGUAUUUGUUCUGGGAGGGAAGCACACGUGGACCCCGAUAAAAGGUUCUCGUUUCAGAGGGUGACCUGAGGCUUGGUGUGGAGGGUCCCUGAUCGGUUUGGCUUUGUCUUUAAUGUACCGUGGUCUGCUCAAGCUCCAGCAGUUAAAUUGGGAACCUAAAACUAAUACUUUAUGUGAUUAAGCAAAUUUCUUGUUAAAUGAAUAAGCUUACAAGAGAGACCGAGAAAGUUAAUUAAAUAAUUAAUUUGGUGAA